CCAACUUUUAUCGGUCGCACUCGCAUACAACUUCUGUCUAUUGAACCUUCACUACGUUUGCCGACGACACCCACCCAGACAGUCGGAUUUUGCCGGUCGAGCACAGUGAACGUGUUUUAUUAAGCCCCCACGACACCAAAUAAUUAAGAUCUCGAAUCAUGGCCUGCUCAGUGAGUGACGCUCCCUCCCUCAAGGACCUGCCAAAGGUCGCCACUGACCUCAAGAGCCAGCUCGAGGCCUUCAACCCAAGCUGUCUUCGUGACGUCGACACAAAUGAGAAGAUCGUGCUGCCUUCCGCAGAAGAUGUAGCCACUGAAAAAACUCAAAAGUCCCUAUUUGAUGGGAUCGAAAAGUUCGACGCCGCCAGUCUGAAGCACACAGAAACACAAGAAAAGAACCCGCUUCCUGAUAAAGAUGUUGUGGCAGCGGAGAAGGCGCAUCAGAACCUUCUAGAUGGAGUAGAACAAUUUGACAAGACUCAAAUGAAGCACACGGAGACCGAAGAAAAAAAUUCCUUGCCGGCCAUUGAAGCUAUUGAAGCGGAGAAGGAAAAGAACAAGUUCUUGAACGGAAUCGAAAACUUCGACCCAACCAAGUUGAAGCACACUGAGACUUGCGAGAAGAACCCCCUGCCCACCAAGGACAUAAUCGAGCAGGAGAAGACGGCCUGAACUACCUUCCAUUAUUUAUCGCAACUAUAUAUCGCUAGUAUCGCCGUAUUUUAGACUCGAUGUAAGAUUCAAUAAGGCCAGUUUACGAUGUCCGUUUGUGGCAACAUCGAUUAUCUAUGCCUAAAACCUAAAAAGGCGUGAAGCCUGAUGUCGAAAAAAUUAUAUCCCCUUAAAAUACUCCAUACCCACUCCAAAAUAAACGGACCCCGUGAACUGGUUGUUAUCAUUAGAUUGUAGGAACCAAAUUUUCUAUGUCACUUUUAAUGGUAUAUAUAUAUAUCUGAUAAGUGUAUUUUACGAGCAUUUUAUUUAUUUUUUAAUGAAGAGUAAAUUUUAAGAUUGAGUACUGAUUUUAUUUUAAGCUGGGAACACACUGCACUCCGGAUUCGAAAAUGUCUUAGUUCAGAUGUCGCUUUGUGCUUGUGUUCUCUAUAUUUUAAACUAGAAAUUUUAAGUACUUUUUUACAUGAGAUUCCACGCGUCGUCGUGAGAGGCCUCUGGUCUUUUUAAUUUAUUAGGAGUGUAGUUACCAAGACAAUUUUCAAUAAUUUCAAAUUUGGCAAGUUUUCAAAUAUAUAAUAUCCCAGAAGUAAGCGAGAUCGAAAAUCGUAGGUUUAAUACUAAAUGCUCAACUGCGUAUAUUAAAGCUAAGAUUAUCUUAUUUGUUUUUGCUAAUUAAUUUUCUUGUGAUGAAGAUGAACAAUAAAUUUUUAUACUGUCGUAUUACAAUAUGUGUCAAUAAAUUCAUUUUUAAAAUUUUAUAGGAUGCCAACGAUGCCAAUAAAGAACAAUUUUGUAUUAAAAAUUUGUAUGUUUUACAGACGGUGCUUUUUCUAAAAUAUAGAACCAAAACUA